AUGCAGGGAGCCACUGGGGAUCGGGAAGUAGCCGUUCCGCCACAAAAUCAUCAGAUUCUCGGGGACAUCCACAUCGGGGAGACGACCCUACCCCCUCCUCCUCCUCUUUACGUUGUGCCGGAUGACAUCGCCAACGACCCGGGCUACCGCACCUUCCCCCAUUCCUCUCCUCGGAAAUGGGCAAUAUCGCAAAUGUCCCAACCUGCACCGGCUCAAAUAGCACCGGUACACCGAGACACGCAACCUGUCCUUGGAGAGAACUCCAAACCUAUGUCAGAUUCGCUGUGGAUUUCAACCGCUCGGGAACAGGGUUCAAUUUCGAAUUCGUCGAAGAUCCCAUCGGAGCGGAUGAAUUCGUUAACACUCACAUCCGAAAGGGGAGAUAUUAGAGUCUUGGUAUCUGUAAAGUUCCAGAUAAUAAUUGAGACUGUAAUUGAUAACUAG